CCCCUGGAAGUCAAACUAUGAAGCACUUUAUAAUCUGUAAACUAAGCAGGUGGAGAGACUUGUGUCGUUCUUGAAGAGUGAGGUUUGCCAAGUUGGGCAGAGCUCAGUGUAAUGGCUCCAUUUUCCACUAGAAGGCACUGCGUAGCUUACUGGGAUGGAUUGUUGUGGCACUUGUAGAGACACAUCAAGUAAGAAGUUAUGGGACUGAGGUCAAAGAGGUUGUUGCCUGUUUUCUCCUCUAGGAUUUGGAUGGCUUCCUGUCUUACGUUUAGGAUUUGUACCUGUAUCAAGAUGCUCUAAAGGAUAACAACUAUUCUUAGGAAUGUCUAAUAUUACAAAAUGAUGAAAACUAAUUCUAGCAUCUUCCAUUUUGCCAUCAUCUUCAUGUUAAUACUUGAGACCAAAAUCCAACUGACUGAUGAAAGUGAAUUUUUGGUUGACAGAUCAGAAUCAAGUCUCUUUCAUGUUCCCAAAAACCUAUCCCUGAAAACAACAGUCUUAAAUAUAUCACAAAACUAUAUAUCUGAGCUUCGGACUUCUGACAUCGUCUCACUAUCAAAGCUAAGGAUUUUGAUAGUUUCUCAUAACAGAAUUCAAUAUCUUGAUAUUAGUGUUUUCAAAUUCAACCAGGAAUUGGAAUAUUUGGAUUUGUCCCACAAUGAAUUGUGGAAGAUUUCUUGCCAUCCUACUGUGAAUCUCAAGCAUUUAGACCUCUCAUUUAAUGCAUUUGUUGGCCUACCCAUAUGCAAAGAGUUUGGCAAUAUGUCUCAACUAGAAUUUCUGGGGUUGAGUGCCACACAAUUACAAAAAUCUAGUGUGCUACCAAUUGCUUCUUUGCAUAUAAGUAAGGUUUUACUGGUCUUAGGAGACACUUAUGGGGAAAAAGAAGACCCUGAGAGCCUUCAAAACUUUAAUAUAGAAAGUCUACACAUUAUUUUCCCCACAAGAAAAGAAUUCAGUUUUAUUUUGGAUGUAUCAGUCAGCACAGCAGUAAGCCUGGAACUUUCCAAUAUCAAAUGUGUGCUAGAUGAUAAUGGAUGUUCUUAUUUCCAAAAUGUUCUGUUAAAACUUCAGAACAACUCAAGGUUAUCAAAUCUUACUUUAAACAACAUUGAAACAACUUGGAAUUUUUUCAUUAUGAUCAUCCAGUUGGUUUGGCAUACAAGCAUAAAGUAUUUCUCAAUUUCAAAUGUAAAACUACAAGGUCACCUUGACUUCAGAGAUUUUGAUUAUUCGAACACUUCACUGAAGGCCUUCUCUAUACACCAAGUGGUCACUGAUGUGUUCAGUUUUCCACAAAGUUAUAUCUAUAAAAUCUUUUCAAAUAUGAACGUCCAAAAUUUCACAGUGUCUGGUACACAUAUGGUCCACAUGGUUUGUCCAUCCCAAAUUAGCACAUUUUUAUAUUUGGAUUUUUCUAAUAAUCUCUUAACAGACAUGGUUUUCAAAAACUGUGGAAACUUGGCUAAAUUAGAGACACUUAGUUUACAAAUGAAUCAAUUAAAAGAACUUGCAAGUAUAGUUUAUAUGACCAAAGAGAUGAAGUCUCUACAACAAUUGGAUGUUAGUCAGAAUUCUCUAAGGUAUGAUAAAAAUGAAGGAGAUUGCUCUUGGACUACAAGUUUAUUAAGUUUAAAUAUGUCUUCAAAUAUACUUACGGACUCUGUUUUCAGAUGUUUACCUCCUAAGGUCAAGGUACUUGAUCUUCACAAUAACCAAAUAAGAAGCAUUCCUAAACCAAUCAUGAAACUAGAAGCUUUGCAAGAACUCAAUGUUGCCUCCAAUUCCUUAGCCCACCUUCCUGACUGUGGAGCUUUUAGCAGCCUUUCUGUACUGAUCAUUGACCAUAAUUCAAUUUCCAACCCAUCAGCUGAUUUCUUCCACAGCUGCCAGAAGAUUAGGUCCAUAAGAGCAGGAAACAAUCCAUUCCAAUGCACCUGUGAACUAAGAGAAUUUAUCCAGAAUAUAGGCCAAGUAUCAAGUGAAGUGGUAGAGGGUUGGCCUGAUUCUUAUAAGUGUGACUAUCCAGAAAGGUAUAAAGGAACCCCACUAAAGGACUUUCAUGUGUCUCAGUUAUCCUGCAACACAGCUCUGCUGCUUGUCACCAUUGGGGUCACUGUGCUGGUGUUGACUGUUACUGUGACUGCCCUCUGUAUGUACUUUGAUCUGCCCUGGUAUCUCAGGAUGGUGUGUCAGUGGACCCAGACCCGGCACAGGGCAAGGAAACUACCCUUAGAAGAACUCCAAAGAACCCUUCAGUUCCACGCUUUUAUUUCAUAUAGUGGGCAUGAUUCUGUGUGGGUGAAGAGUGAAUUAUUACCAAACCUAGAAAAAGAAGACCUAAGGAUUUGUCUCCAUGAGAGAAACUUUGUUCCUGGCAAGAGCAUUGUGGAGAAUAUCAUCAACUGCAUUGAAAAAAGUUACAAGUCCAUCUUUGUUUUGUCUCCCAACUUUGUUCAGAGUGAGUGGUGUCAUUAUGAACUCUACUUUGCCCACCACAAUCUAUUUCAUGAAGGUUUUGAUAACUUAAUUUUGAUCUUGCUGGAGCCUAUUCCACAGUAUUCCAUUCCUAGCAGCUAUCACAAGCUCAAAAAUCUCAUGGCACGAAGGACUUAUUUGGAAUGGCCCAAGGAGAAGAGCAAACAUGGACUUUUUUGGGCUAACCUAAGAGCAGCUAUUAAUGUUAAAUUGAUGGAGCGAGCAAAAUAAAUAGAUCACACAUAGAUCAAAAAAUAUAUGUGUGCUGCUUUUGGAAAAAUGUUGCUGCUUUUGGAAGUUCCAACAAUGACUUUAUUUUCAUCAACACAAAUCUAAAUGCAAUUUUGAAUGUGUGAUGCAGAUAAACACAUGUACUUUCAGGCUCCAGUUCACCAUUUACAUAUGGCAAUGAAAAUUAAUGGAAUAAUUUUAAACAGUUAAUGUCUAACACAUAACUCAUUUUUUCUUUUCUCCUUCCUUCCUUCCUUCCUUCCUUCCUUCCUUCCUUCCUUCCUUCCUUCCUCUAGCCCUGAAUUCAUUGAAUUUGUCAUGUAAUCAAGAGAAGUAGCUGUUUAAACAACUUUAGUUUCUAUAGCAGAUAUCUAUAGCUAUUGAUGCCCUUCUCAUUUCUACUCAGGUUUGCCCCUGCAUGUUGAAAGCUACUUAUUGCUAAUGCUGUAGGCUCUUUGCCUGAAGGAUUUUCUCUUGGCCAUGAUAAUCCACUUUGCUCACACAAAGGGCAAUUUAGAAAUGCUGGAUAUUUUUCUUGGAGGGAGUUCUCAACCAAUGUCAGGAGAACUGGCAGAUAAAUACCCCAAAUUUCUCACCCAUUUUGGGGAUAAAUCUGGGGUGUGCUUUAUACUAUCCCUGAGUUCCCCAGUAGAAUGGAAUUCUAAUUCUCCAUGGUAGAAAUAACUUAAUAAAUGUAUUUUUUAUGGCUUCCUUUCUACGCUUAUCUCAUAUCCUCAUUUCUUCAAGGGUGUUUCCUGAGAUCACCUCUGAAAUAAACUACUUGUAGUUGAAUAAUUGUCUCAGGGUCUGCAUUUGGAGGAACCCAAACUAAGAGUGAGUUACAUCUCAGGUCAAAUGGAAAUUCUGAGUCUGUUUUUUUUUGUGGCUGGAUAUCUUGCUGAGAUUCUAGCUGCCUAACCUAGCAUGCACGGGUGACUUUACUCCUUUGAUCAGAAGGAGGAAUACAGUCCACAUGUACUGUUUCUAUACAUAGUAUUCUUGUCUUUAGGAACUAUUAAACUAGGGCAUGAACAGAUUAGAACAUUGCAAGGAAUGGGCCAUGUUAGAUAUGUUUUCUAGCACAAUUUUAUCAUAUUUUUUUAAUAUUCAUGAAUAAUUCUCCCUGUCUAUCCUUUUAGUCUAACUGCUAGCUCUGGGCAGGUAUAGUCAGAGAGCAUCUUGUCAUAGCUGCACCAUGUAUCUCUCAGUUUAUGCCCUGUGGCUUCAUUAAUAGCACUGCACAUGAUAUUUGUAGAAGCCUGUUAAACCAUUCUGAUAGAUGCAUAAACCUGGAAGUGCCAGAGAUAUACCUUGAGGAGAUUUUUUGACCACUUAAGGAAUGGGACCUAUUAGAUAAAUAUUGCUGUCUUUUAUUCUUGGGUAAACAUAAUUAUAUUCUACACCAUUCCUCAAUGAGUUCCUGGUGGGACUGAGGCUUACUCACUCUGAGAUUUGCUUUUCUUUCUUCCUUGUUUCAUUCUUCUCACUCUCCUCACUCUUGAGCCCUGAGACUACUUCUCCAAACAAAUGACCUACACCCAAAGUUCUUAUCUCAGUCUCCAUUUUUGGAAGAAUAAACCAAAAUAACACUUA